AUGAGCGACCUACAGCGAGCCUGGGCAAAGUCCAAGUAUGGCAUGUCCAACGACAUCUUCAACGAGCUGGACGAGGAGCAGGAGACUGAUCAGGUCCCUGAACUUCCGGAGCCUGUGGACGACGACUCCUCGUCUGCAUCCUCGGCAUCGUCCGUCUCCUCCACCGGCACCGUCAUCCCAUCGCCGAACCAGAAGCUAUUUGCUCGACCUCAAGGAGUCGCCCGUGGUAGGACCCUCGAGCAGAUCCCUUGGACCACCUACUUUGAGCGAGAGUUGUCCCUGAGGUCGGAGCAGGACUCCGAGGUGGUCUAUCAUGCCUACCUGACAUCGCCAGUGGACAAGGGGCCACUGUUUGUAAUGCACCAUGGAGGAGGAUCCUCUGGGCUGUCGUUUGCCGUGGUGGCUUCUGAGAUUAAAAAACGACUGCCCGCGGCUGGCAUUCUCGCCCUCGACUGCAGAGGUCACGGGUCGACGGUUGUACCGGGAGACGCGGCACUGGAUCUGAGGCUGGAGACACUAUCGACAGAUCUCUUCAACGUCAUCCAGCUGACCAAGUCUGAGAUGAAGUGGCCAGGGAUGCCCCCGAUCGUGCUCGUGGGACACUCCCUUGGUGGAGCCGUCGUGACUGAUCUGGCCAAGACGGGCCGGUUGGGAACAUCAGUCUUGGGGUAUGUCGUGCUGGAUGUGGUGGAGGGCUCAGCCAUCGAUGCCCUGCAGAGCAUGCAUACGUACCUAUCUACGAGACCCUCGGGAUUUGCGACGCUGCAGGCAGGUAUUGACUGGCAUGUCCGAUCGCGAACGAUCCGCAACUCGAUUUCUGCCCGGACGUCUGUUCCUGCACUGCUGGUCUUUGAUGAGAACCAAGACCCGACGCGUCCUUGGAGAUGGCGGACCAACCUGGGCGCAACGCAGCCAUUCUGGGAAGGCUGGUUUGUCGGCUUGAGCAAGAAAUUCCUCGAGGCUAGAGGAGGAAAACUGCUUCUGCUGGCUGGGACUGACCGACUUGACACUGAGUUGACCAUCGGCCAGAUGCAAGGGAAAUACGCCUUGCAAGUCUUUCCGGAAGCGGGCCACUUCAUUCAUGAAGAUUUGCCAGAGAAGACGGCUGUCUCGCUGGUGGACUUUUACCGCCGAAACGACCGGAGCACUCUCGUAUUGCCCCCCAAGGUGUCGGAGCUGCUCAAGCAAGGGAAGAGAGUAUGA